AUGUCAGAUAAUAACAAUAAUAAUAAUAAUGGAGAAAGUAGUAGAACAUCAAUGGUUGAACCAUUGAUUAUAAGAUUAUUAUUGACAUCGGAUUUACCGCGUAAACGAUCGAAUUCAUACGAGUUUGCUGGUAGAACUUAUAUUGGAUAUUCAGAGUUAGCUUUCAAUCUUGCAAAAGUUUGUAAGAGAUGGUUUAAAUUGGUGUCUUGUUCGAUAAAUAGUGUUGAUAUCGUUCAAUUCGUAACAAAUAACGAUAAUACAGAUCUGUCAGCAUUGCUCAUGAUGAUCAGAGGUGAACAGACCACCAAACAAAAGUUUCCUAUCGUCAAUAAACUACAGUCACUUACGAUUAGAGGUGGCAACCAAGCAAACAUUACCAGAGAGCUGAUAGAAACGUUGGUGGACGAGCAAAAGGAAGGAAAGCUCGAUGGAAUUACAUCGUCGAUCGAACAUGUCUUUGCCUUUACAUUCGGAAUGGGCGAUAUUCCCAGCGAUUUCUACGAUAUGCUUGAAAACUGUCAGUCAGUGUUUCCAUCGCUCGACUCACUCUCGUUGUACAGAGACGAUCGUCAAGAGGAAGCAGGCAGUCCGCUCUAUCUGUUCUUAGUGGAUCUACCUUGUUUCAACUACAUCAAGUACUUGAAUUGCCAGAUUCAACGCGACACCGAGGACGACAACGAAGAGAGCUCGUCUGAACUGCUCACCGCGCUCUCAAAGAAUCCGUUUCUCAAGUUCUUGGAUCUAACAAUGAAAGAAGGUAUGUCGAUAGGUCGACUCGUUUACUAUUUCGCAUCGUGGAGCACCUUAGAGUAUAUAAAGAUUCAAUGCUACACUGGUGUCGGUGAUAUGACACAGGAAGGUCUCGAUGCACUCUACAUGGUGAUGAGAGAGAACAACAAACUGAAAGAUGUAAACUUUGGUAACUUGGGAUUGGACGAAAUGUCACUGGAUACAAAAGAUGGCAUUCAACAAGCAUUGGCAGCCAAUAAGUGUAUCAUCAACCUCGAUGUCAACUACAGCUUAUUCUACACAAAAACCAAAAGCACCAAUAUCAUCAGUCAAACCGUUCAACAAUUUAAACUUGUACAUAAAUCAUUUCAAGAGUUUAAUGAUCAAUGUAAAUAUGAAACAGUUACAGAUUCAAUAUUAGAAAUAAUCAGUGGAAAUACUCAUCCAAAUUUGACAAAUAUGCAUAUUACAUUUGUAGUUGGUGGAGAGGAACUAGAUCAAUUCAAACAAAGAGUAGUAGAUGCACUAUCAACAAACACAACUCUACGUUCAUUUUCUUACAAUACUUUUUGUGGUGGAACUAUUAGUCCAUCGACUGCUUUGCGAUUUCCAACUAGCUAA